AUGGUAACUGCUGUAAUACUAGUCCAGUCAGCAACACCGGAAACUAUCACCCAGUUCCAUGACCAGCUCUCCAAUGAGCUUCCUGCCAUCAAAGGCAAAUGGGGUUUCACAUUCAGAAUCUUCCGUAACAACCCCUACUCACUAGCACCCGAGGCAGUGGAAGCUGGAGAGACUACCACCAAGGAUGUCAAGUAUUUCUACACAUUGUCGCCAUCAUACAUCAAGGACUCUACCAUCACGUUGAUCGACAAGAAGUCGACGGGAGUGUUUACCAACACCAUCCACGAAGAGGCAAGCGAAGAAGGAGGAAUAAGCAUCCCCGAUAGUCACCUCCACAACGGUGCUACAACUGGGUUGAACGAUCCAUUCGAAAUGGUGGUGGGGUUAAAGUUUCAGAGCAUGUGGACCCAACGACAGUUGAUCAAGGGCGACGGGGGCCAGAUCUACGAGCUCGAAAACGGCAAUCUCACCAUCCGUACAUCCAAUGUAUUUUUGCACGGAAAUUUCCGGGGACUCUUGAUCCAAAUUGACUUGAACAAUGGGGUCGAGAAAGAGCGUCAUACCGCGUUCGAGCGGGUCCGCAAGAAGUAUAGUAUUCCACAAGGACCCAUGAGCUGCGAGGUCUUGGAUGUGGAGAAUUUGGAUGUUUGGGGUGACUUGUGCUUGCAGUAUGCUGAAAUUUUGAACUUCUAGGUGAAAUUUAUUUUCACUUGAGCAUCCUUCAAAGCUGUCAAUGUGAGAAACAAGGUCAAUGUAUUGUAUGGUAGUAUGAAAUCUACAAAUGUGCCCAUUGCAUGUCACAUCUACUCAAAAUUAAAAACUACAGCCUAAUUGAUUUUGAGAAUCUGUCUCAUUGCCAUACGGACACCUCCAAUAUUCAUAAGCUAGUCUAAGCUAGUGGUCGACGUGUUAGAAAGUUGAAUAGUUCAUGACUCCAACACUCAAAGUUGAAUCCCUUGCAUGAAAAAAUCGACUAAGGCAUACAUUGGAUAUAUGUAAUGAUUAUAAUUGCGUAGACAAAAAUUUCAGGUGGUUUACUAAAAAAAUAACGAUAUAAUGAAGAGGAGAUAAGUAAGAAAGCG